AACUUCUGAUCUCAACUUCCUCAAACCUCUGAUGAGCUGCUGCUGCUCGACUCUGAGGUGCAUUCUUUUUUUGAUGAGAGGCAUCUCUAGGUACCAUCCCUGACCUGGUCCUCAUGCUGCCGAGGCUGUUGCUGUUGAUCUGUGCUCCACUCUGUGAAUCCGCCGGGCUGUUGUUGAUAGUCAGCCCCUCCCAUCCCACAGAGGGGAGCCCAGUGACCCUGACCUGUAAGAUGCCCUCUCUACAGAGUUCAGAUGCCCAGUUCCAGUUCUGCUUCUUCAGAGAUGCCCAGGCCUUGGGCCCGGGCUGGAGCAGCUCCCCCAAGCUCCAGAUCGCCAACAUGUGGAAAGAAGACUCAGGGUCCUACUGGUGCGAGGCACAGACAAUGGCAUCCAAAGUCUUGAGGAGCUGGAGAUCCCAGAUAAACGUGCACAGGGUCCCUGUUGCCGAUGUGAGCUUGGAGACUCAGCCCCCAGGAGGACAGGUGAUGGAGGGAGACAGACUGGUCCUCAUCUGCUCAGUUGCUAUGGGGACAGGAGACAUCACCUUCCUUUGGUACAAAGGGGCUAUAGGUUUAAACCUUCAGACAAAGACCCAGCGUUCACUGACAGCAGAGUAUGAGAUUCCUACAGCGAGGGAGAGUGAUGCUGAGCAAUACUACUGUGUAGCUGAAAAUGGCUAUGGUCCCAGACCCAGUGGACUGGUGAGCAUCACUGUCAGAAUCCCAGUGUCUCGUCCCAUCCUCAUGGUCAGGGCUCCCAGGGCCCAGGCUGUGGUGGGGGAUGUGCUGAAGCUUCACUGUGAGGCCCUGAGAGGCUCUUAUCCGAUCCUGUACUGGUUUUAUCACGAGGAUGUCAUCUUGGGGAGCAGCUCAGCCCCCUCUGGAGGAGGAGCCUCUUUCAACCUUUCCCUGACUGCAGAACAUUCUGGAAACUACUCUUGUGAGGCCAACAAUGGCCUGGGGGCCCAGCGCAGUGAGGAGGUGACACUCAACUUCACAGUGCCUACUGGGGCCAGAAGCAAUCAUCUUACCUCAGGAGUCAUUGAGGGGCUCCUCGGCACCCUUGGUCCUGCCACUGUGGCCUUAUUAUUUUGCUACGGCCUCAAAAGAAAAAUAGGAAGGCGUUCAACCAGGGAUCCACUCAGGAGCCUUCCCAGCCCUGUGCCCCAAGAGUUCCCCUACCUCAACUCACCUACCCCAGGACAGCUACAGCCUACAUAUGAAAAUGUGAAUGUUGUAAGUGGGCAUGAUGUUUAUUCGUUGGUGUACUAUAACCAGCCGGAGCAGGAAUCAGCAGCAGCAGAAACCCUGGGGACACAUAUGGAGGACCAGGUUUCCUUAGACAUCUAUUCCAGGCUGAGGAAAGCAAACAUUACGGAUGUGGACUAUGAAGAGGCUAUGUAAGGUUAUGGAGGAUUCUGCCCUUUGAAAACCAUCCAUGACCCCAAGCCUCAGACCUGAUAAUGUUCUUCAGAGAUCCUGGGGCAUUAGCUUUCCAGUAUACCUCUUCUGGAUGCUAUUCUCCGUGGCACUAUUCCUUCAUCUACUGACCUACUGUGAAGUGAAGUUGGCGCAGCCCUGAAGAAACUACCUAGGAGAACCAAUAGACACAGGAGUGACAGGAACUUUGUUAUCAGAACCAGAUUCCUGCUGGCUCUUUUGAGAAAGGUCAACUUGUGCUCUUCUAUUUACAAGAGAAAACAGGAUGGAAUAAAAUAAAUUAGGAUCUUGGGGUGGAGGGACAGUGAAGCUUAGAACACAUGAACUCAAUGUUAGUGAUUCUGCAGGACUUCACAGAGAGAGCUGUGACCAUCAUCAUUCAGUCCAAGUGCUUUCUCUGCCCAGAUAGCACAGAACUCCAGCCCUGCCACUUACAUGGAUCAUCGAGUUUCCACCUAAAAUAUGAUUCUAUUUAUUUUGAGUCACUGUUACCAAAUUAGAAUUAAAACAAAGUUACAUAAAAAGUUAUUGUGAUUACACUUAAUUUUAGUCACAUAUUCUGUAUAUAUAGGCCAACCUAUACCACAUCCAAAAUUAUGUAUCUACUACAGCCCCUAGAAGCUUUAUGAAUACAGUGUGUCUUUUUUUAUUCACAAAAUUUUUGAAAUCUUGGUAAUAUGGUUUGAAGUCUGUAUCUUAUUUUUUCUUUUUUAAAUUUGAGACAGGGUCUCACUCUGUCACCCAAUUUGGAAUGCAGUGGGACAAUCUCGCCUCACUGCAACCUCUGCCUCUCAGGCUCAAGCAAACCUCUCACCUCAGCCUCCUAAGUGGCUGGGACUAUAGGCACAUGCCACCAAACCUGGCUGAUUUUCGUCUUAUGUACAGACCAGAUGUCACCAUUUUGCCCAGACUGGUCUCAAACUUCUGGGCUCAAGCAAUGUAUUUUAAUUUUAAAACAACCAGACACUCAUUCUUAUGAAUGAAUAAACAUUUGGAGGUAUAUAAAGUAAAAAGUUAAAGUCUUUCCUGUAAGUUAACACAAAUGUUUACUAUUGCUAAAACCUUUACAGGUAGCUCUCUAGAUAAUUUUCUAUUUUUGUGUACAUACUUAUACAUACAUGUAAGUAUAAAAACAUUUAGAAGUAUACCUAUCUAACAAACCAUCAUGAAAUAUUUUCAAAUAGAUCUAUUAUACUAUUUUAAAAGUCUCAAUAGUAGUGUGUUAUAUAGAUAAAUCAUAACUUUUUUCUUUUUUAUUGUAGUAAAGAUACAUAACAUAAAAUUGAUCAUUUUAACCAUGUUUAAGUGUACAGUUCAGUGGCAUUAAGUACUAUCAUAAUAUAUUUUAAUCCUUCUCACCACUGGUGGACAUUAAGGAGAUUCCAAAAAAAUUCAUAUUAUAAAAACAAAGUUCAAACAAAUGUCUUUGUACAAGCAUAUUAUGCACUCCUGCUGGACUAUCUGAAGGAUAAAUUUGUAAAUCUAGUAUUGCUAGAUUAUGCAUAUUAAAUAUUCUUGUUAAAUAGUCUUCAAUGUUUCUAAGGUAAGGCUGUAUCAAUUUAUAUCUCCACCCAUAACAUCUGGGAAAUCAGUUUGUGGAGUGUGUUCGGUAGUUCUCACAUUGCUAACAAAGACAUACCCAAGACUGGGCAAUUUAUAAA